AUGGAACCUCUCCAUCUCCUCCUCUUCGACGGCCUCGUCGAAGCGAUUCCAUCGCGUUCUGGCGCAUCAGCGUCCUGCACGUUGCCUGACUUCGACUAUCGAUUCGCGUGUGUGUCUCAGCGUCUCGCGCGCUAUUUCGAGCUGGCUGCUGGCUGCUGCUGCUGCCGCCGCCGUCGCCGCGCGUCUCGAAAUUCGCCGUGGUUUGUUUCCGUGCCCCGCCCGGCCCGCCCCAGUACUUCUGGAGAAGACGACGUUGUCGUUGUCAUCGGAAGAAUGACGAAGAAGAAGAAGAAGAAGGAGGAUCGGAGAAGGUAG